GAUUGUUUGGACCCGUUGUGCACGAGUCACGGCGCCUGCAUUGACGGCCAGUGUUGGUGUAAAGUCGGGUGGACUGGCGUUAACUGUUCCGACGCCGACCAAAGAUUAAGCCAAUUCUUCCCCAAUUGUUCACAACAUGCCAAAUGUAAUCUCGAUUGUGGUGCUCAUGGGGUGUGCGAAGGGGGCCGUUGUGUGUGCGAUGUCGGUUGGCACGGGUCCCGAUGCGAUGAACAAGUGUGCGACCACCGGUGCCUCGAGCAUGGUCAGUGCAAUAAUGGCACCUGCAUCUGCAUCCAGGGCUGGAUGGGUAGACACUGCACGUUAGACGGCUGUCCCAAAGGGUGUUCAAGUCAUGGCGAGUGUGUCCGCAAUCAAGAGGAAUGGCUUUGCCGGUGCAGAGAGGGCUGGGGUGGCAGAGACUGUUCCGCCCCUCAAGAGACCAACUGCGCCGACGAUAUUGACAACGAUAAUGACGGCUUAUCCGAUUGUGCGGACAGCGAGUGCUGUAGUACUGAUCACUGCCAUCAGUCGCUGAUGUGUAUCACUAGUCCGGACCCAUUGGACAUACUGUUGCGGAAACAGCCGCCGGCAGUGACGGCCAGUUUCUAUCAGAAAAUGAAAUUCUUGAUCGAAGAGUCGAGUGUUCAAAGUUAUGCCCAUAAAGACGAAUAUUCCGAAAGGUAA